AUGGUAAAAGAAGCACAGAGGAGUAAUACGCUGACAGUUAAACAGGCCGUGUUUCCAAUGAUUGGAUCUAUACUGGGAUCUGGUGUACUAACACUGCCUGCGGCUGUAGAAGCAUCUGGAUAUUUAUUAUCUGCGCCCAUACUUAUUUUUGUGUCUGGUAUAUGUGCAUUUACACUGUACCAGUUAGUGCACUGUGCUAAAGAAUUGAAUACAAGGAGUCCUUCAUACUUUAAAGUAUGUCAGAAUACGCACCCCAUACUGGGAUAUAUUUCUGAAGUGUGUAUAGGCGUACAGGGAUUUGGGGCAAUUACUGUAUACCUUUUAAUUUUAAAGGAGUCUAUACUGUCUCUUAUUAAUAUGGUGGAUACUGUUGAUUAUAUGCCGUAUAAUAUUAUGUGCAGUGCACUUCUUCUUAUAAUCCCGACUGUUCUUGCUAUGCAAAAGAGUUUGAAGAAACUUGCAUUUAUAUCUGUACUGUCAACUAUUUCAGUUAUUUUCCUGUCUUCUGUUGUUCUUCUCUCAGGAAUUCUGGCACUCUUCCUCCCAAAAGGAUCAAUUUCAACGGAUAGAUUAAACAUAGCCACAAAAGAGCCUGCAGGGCUUUUUAAAGCCCUCAGUGGAUAUAUUUUCGGACUGGGGUGCCAGCAGAAUAUGGUAAAGGUCUUCUCACUGCUAAAAAACCCAACAAAAAUAAAUGGAGCAAAAGUAGGAACGUACGCUAUUGUAAUAGUCAGCAUCGCAUACUUUUUUGUAGCAAAUGGUGGAUACAUAGCAGGAGGAAAUGGACAAAACUCGUCAAUCCUGGACGUUCUCUCAAAUACAGAAAAACCCUUCCACAAAAUAAUUAUGACAAAUUUUGGAGAUACUUGGGGAGGGACGUACUUCCACUUAAUUACAAUCUCAAAAUUGGCCAUGGUAAUUGUACUACUCGGAGCAUACCCAUUACAACUGCACCCAACCAGAGACUCUAUAAUUACCUUCCUAAGCAUUAUAUUCAAAAAUAACAUAUUCAGAAAUAAUCCAAGAGUAGUGGAAGUAUUAAUCACAAGUAUAAUGACAAUAACAGUGUUCAUAGAAUCACUCUAUAAGAUUAAGUACAUAUUUGUAAUGAAACUUAUAGCAAGCACUGCAAGUUGUUAUAUAAUGUUUACUCUCCCAAGCAUAGCAUACAUCUACUCACAAAACAAAGUUAAAUUAUUUGAUUAUACCUCUAAAGGCAUACUCAUCGGAAGUAUCCUAUUCUCUAUUUGUUCAACAUACCUUCUACUGCACGAAAAAUAAUAAUUAAAUCCAUUUAUAAAGCUACAAAUUAUAUAAAAAUAAACAAUCACUG